AGCGCUAGAGAUAUCACGGCACCGAGUCUGAAGCAGCACACCGGCCGGACUGGUUCACAUAGAAACAAGUGAUAAUGUCUGCUCCGUGCAUGUGCUCUCACAAUUUCAUUCCUUGAGACGCAUCAUUUCAAAAAAAGGACCACUGUUUUCCACACUGACAUUUGGUGAUAAUGAAGAAAUAAACCACUUCCUGAUCACUCAACCUCCACAAACUGCCUCAAGCCCCACGGGCCCUUGAACCCAAACAACUUCAAACUUGCAGCUUUGCACAGUCAAAGUUCAAAAGGUGACUUUUCACAGACGCCGGCCCUGCCCUUCCAGCCUGCCAACCAAAAAGACGUUCCACCCUUCGCCCUUGUUUGCUUUAUCAAAUGCCCAAAAACAGCAAGGCCGUCAAGAGAGAGCUUGACGACGAUGUCACAGAGUCUGUCAAAGACCUGCUUUCCAACGAGGACCCCUGCGACGAUUCCUUCAAGAAGAGCUCGCUGAUCGUCAACAACCAUGAAGGGGAAGGGAAAGAGUGCGAUGUGGAAGAAGGGGGCUCAGACGGCGAGGAGGAGGAACGCCCGGCCUGGAACAGCAAGCUCCAGUACAUCCUGGCCCAGGUUGGCUUCUCUGUAGGCCUGGGCAACGUCUGGAGGUUCCCCUACCUGUGUCAGAAGAACGGAGGGGGUGCGUACCUGGUGCCCUAUCUCAUCCUGCUGAUAUUGAUUGGCAUCCCGCUGUUCUUCCUGGAGCUCGCCGUGGGACAGCGGAUCCGCAGGGGCAGCAUCGGGGUGUGGAACUACAUUAGCCCUCGUCUGGGGGGCAUCGGCUUCGCCAGCUGUGUGGUGUGUUUCUUCGUGGCUCUCUACUACAAUGUCAUCAUCAGCUGGAGUCUCUUCUAUUUCUCCCAGUCCUUCCAGCAACCUCUGCCGUGGCACGAGUGUCCACUCGUCAAGAACAAGACCAAUACAUAUGUGGUGCCGGAGUGUGAGAAGAGCUCGGCCACCACCUACUACUGGUACCGCGAGGCCCUGGACAUCUCUAACAGCAUCUCUGAGGGUGGAGGACUCAACUGGAAGAUGACCGUGUGCCUGCUGAUCUCCUGGUCUAUGGUUUGCCUUGCCAUGAUCAAGGGAAUCCAGUCUUCUGGGAAGGUGAUGUACUUCAGCUCCCUGUUCCCGUACGUGGUGUUGAUUUGCUUCCUGGUUCGGGCUCUGCUCCUGAAGGGCUCCGUGGACGGGAUUCGACACAUGUUCACACCCAAGUUGGAGAUCAUGUUAGAGGCCAAGGUGUGGCGAGAGGCGGCCACGCAGGUCUUCUUCGCCCUGGGCCUCGGCUUCGGCGGCGUCAUUGCCUUCUCCAGCUACAACAAGCGGGACAACAACUGCCACUUCGAUGCCGUCUUGGUGUCUUUUAUCAAUUUCUUCACCUCUGUGCUGGCUACCCUGGUGGUGUUUGCAGUGCUGGGCUUCAAAGCUAACAUAAUGAACAGCAAAUGCGUCGCACUGAACACCAACAAGAUUGUGGCGUUGUUGGGGAAUGGCAUUGAAGAAAGCCUGAUCCCCCACCACAUCAACCUCACUCAGGUUAGUCAGGUCAGUGCUGAGGACUACCAUCAGAUGAUAGAGAUCAUCAAAGGGGUGAAGGAGGACGAGUACAAGGGACUGGGACUGGAAUUCUGCAGCAUUGAAGACGAGCUCAAUAAGGCGGUCCAAGGCACAGGCUUGGCCUUCAUUGCCUUCACAGAGGCCAUGACCCACUUCCCAGCCUCGCCCUUCUGGUCCGUCAUGUUCUUCCUCAUGCUGGUUAACCUUGGCCUGGGCAGCAUGUUCGGCACCAUCGAAGGCAUCCUCACUCCACUAAUAGACACUUUCAAAGUCCGCAAGGAAUUUCUUACAGUGGGAUGCUGCGUGUUGGCCUUCUCCAUUGGUCUCUUGUUUGUUCAGCGCUCAGGGAAUUACUUUGUGGCCAUGUUUGACGACUACUCUGCGACUUUGCCUCUGCUCAUAGUGGUCGUACUGGAGAACGUGGCAAUUGCUUGGUUCUACGGGAUUGAUAAAUUCUUUGAAGACCUGAAGGACAUGCUGGGCUUUACGCCGUACCGUUUCUACUACUACAUGUGGAAGUACAUCACGCCCAUCCUGCUCCUGGUCGUCCUGUGCUCCAGCUUCAUCCAGCUGAUCAUGACGCCGCCCAGCUACAGUGCCUGGAUACAGGAAGAGGCCAAAGAGCAGACCAUGCACUUCCCUCCAUGGGGCAUCGUAGUCUGCAUCUCCCUGGUGGUGAUGGCCAUCAUGCCUGUACCCGUGGUCUUUGCCCUGCGCUACUUCAACAUCAUCGACGAAAACACCAGCAGCCUUUCCACCGUCUCCUACAAAAAGGGCCGCAUCAUCAAGGAGAGCGCCCGGCCGGGAGAGGAUGACGACACCAGCCUGAUCCAAGGCAAGUCGCCCAGCGAGGCACCCUCGCCGAUGCCCGGCAACAGCAUCUACCGCAAGCAGAGCGGCAGUGGCGGCCCUGAUGCGGACACCGCACCCAAUGGCCGUUAUGGUAUUGGUUACUUGAUGGCUGAUAUGCCGGACAUGCCCGAGUCGGACUUAUAGACUGACUGUUUAGUAAGCCCUGCCCGGCCAUACCGGCUGGCCACUCCUCCCCUCUGCGUGCGUUUAGUUGGCCAUAUCAUCAGUGUAUAUUUCACUUGUACUGUAUAUUCUUUGUAGAUAUGUAGCUGCUCUCUUAUUUGUCGUCUCUGAACCUUAUAUGACUGUCUACCUUUAAAAAAAAUAAAUAAAAAAAAAGAAAGGUGUGGGAAUAAACGUCAACCUUGUCCAACCCUUCACCCAUUUGUUUGGCUGCGUCCCAAACUCAUCUCUAACUCCUGCUCCCUCCGGCCUUUGCUCCCUCCUCCUUGUAGAUGCUACAGGAGAGGAUAGGUGUAAGCAAUAAGGUGGACGCUCCACCAGGCCUACUUGAACAAGAAUCUGCAAAGGAGCGGGUUAGGGGGUCAAGAGGUCAUCUUGGGACUGCACCUGUGUCUGUGGGCAAUGUAAAUCAAGCCAGCUUCAAGUCCUGUGUACAUUAUGACCCCUAACUGCUGGCCAACAUGUACUGAGAUUAGUAGCAGAGUAGCCGUUCUGGAUGGCGUAACAAUGCAAGACUCAACAGAUUUUUCUUGAAAAUUCAGGUCAACCUCGUUCAAACAGCGAGAGGAUGGCCUUUGAAAACCACUCCCAUGAUUGUUUGAGACAAAAGUGUGCCUAAGUAAUUUAUAUUUGUUUAUAGAAUACAUGAUGAACGUUGUAUAUUUAAGGUAUUCUGUAAAUAUAAUAUAAAUAUUAUAAAUAUAUUUAUCUUGAUAGUUUGGAUAUCAGAACACCAUGUUUUUAAGGUUCAGAAGUACUUCACUCUUAACUCUUUGUGUUUUUGUUUUAUACUAAUGUGCAGUCAAUGUUUGACUGAGUCCUCCUUGUAAAUAAUUUUUCCAUGAAAUGGCUUCAAAUGCAAUGUCUUUUUUUCCCUGUCAAGAUUAAAGUAUCAAGUAUGGUCCAUACCCUGAAA